AGUAAAUAUUUUGGCUCAAGCCGCUCUGGCUCGAUCUGAUCGUAGAGUCUUUGCCGUUGGACGUUUGCCUGAACGCUAGCAGCCCCCUUGAGGCUAUGGCAGAAACAUUCGCGUUCAAUGCCGACAUUCAGCAGCUCAUGAGCUUGAUUAUCAACACGUUCUACUCCAAUAAGGAAGUCUUCCUUCGCGAGCUGAUCUCCAAUGCUUCCGAUGCCCUUGACAAGAUCCGAUACGAGUCCAUUACAGACCCAGACAAGAUUGAGGCGCAGCCCAAUUUCUAUAUCAAGAUUGUCCCCGACAAGACAAACUCCACCAUCACGAUCGAGGAUUCUGGCAUCGGCAUGACCAAGAAUGAGCUGAUCAACAACCUAGGCACCAUCGCCAAGUCUGGCACCAAGGCCUUCAUGGAGGCAAUGGCUGCUGGCGGCGACAUCUCCAUGAUCGGGCAGUUCGGAGUGGGCUUCUACUCCGCGUAUCUCGUCUCAGACAAGGUGCGUGUGAUCAGUAAGAACAACGACGACGAGCAGUACAUCUGGGAGUCUGGAGCCGGCGGCUCCUUCACUGUGCAGAAGGAUACAGAGAUGGUGCACGGGGAAGUCAAGCGCGGCACUAAGAUCAUUUGCUUUUUGAAGGAGGACCAGUCGGAGUUCCUGGAGGAGCGCCGCUUGAAGGAUCUGGUAAAGAAGCACUCGGAAUUCAUUGGAUUCCCGAUUGAGUUGUACGUGGAGAAGUCGAAGGAGAAGGAGGUAACGGAUUCCGAGGACGAAGAGGAGGAGAAGAAGGAUGAGGAUAAAGAAGGUGACGAGCCGAAGAUCGAGGAGGUUGAUGAGGAGAAAGAGAAGGAGGAGAAGAAGAAGAAGACCAAGAAGGUCAAGGAAGUAUCCCACGAAUGGGAGCAGCUCAACAAGAACAAGCCGUUGUGGAUGCGCAAAUCCGAGGACGUCACCAAUGAGGAAUACGCCUCGUUCUACAAGUCACUGUCCAACGACUGGGAGGACCACCUGGCGGUGAAGCACUUUAGCGUAGAGGGUCAACUGGAGUUUCGCGCGCUGCUCUUCGUGCCGCGUCGGGCUCCCUUCGACCUGUUCGAGUCCAAGAAGAAGAGCAACAACAUCAAGCUGUACGUUCGACGCGUCUUCAUCAUGGACGACUGCGACGAGCUGAUGCCUGGCUGGCUCAAUUUCGUGAAGGGCGUGGUUGACUCCGAGGACUUGCCGCUGAACAUCUCCCGCGAGACUCUGCAGCAGAACAAGAUCCUGCGUGUUAUCAAGAAAAACCUCGUCAAGAAGUGCCUCGAGAUGUUCGCGGAAAUUGCCGAGAAGAAGGACGACUACAAAAAAUUCUACGAGCAGUUCGGCAAGUGCCUCAAGCUGGGCGUGCACGAGGACUCCACCAAUCGCACCAAGGUUGCGGAGCUCAUGCGCUACCACACCUCGAAGUCUGGAGACGAGACGAUCAGUCUGAAGGAGUACAUCGACCGCAUGAAGGAAGGGCAGAAUGACAUCUACUACAUCACGGGGGAGAGCAUCGCAGCGGUGUCGUCGUCACCCUUCCUGGAGACGCUACGCAAGAAGGGCCUCGAGGUCCUUUACAUGACCGAUCCCAUCGAUGAAUACACCGUUCAGCAGCUGAAGGAGUUCGACGGCAAGAAGCUCAAGUCGACGACCAAAGAGGGUCUGGACCUCGAGGACGAGGACGAAAAGAAAAAACUCGAAGAACUGAAGGCAGAGUUUGAGCCGCUGACGAAGCUCAUGAAGGAGGUGCUGGGCGACAAGGUGGAGAAAGUUGUGAUCAGUUCGCGCAUGGCGGACUCGCCUUGCGUGUUGACGACCUCGGAGUACGGCUGGUCCGCCAACAUGGAGCGCAUCAUGAAAGCGCAGGCUCUCAGGGAUAAUUCCAUGACCUCUUACAUGGUGUCCAAAAAGACCAUGGAGGUCAACCCCAAGCACUCCAUCAUGUCCGAGCUGAAGAAGAAGGCGUCUGCAGACAAAUCGGACAAGACAGUCAAGGAUCUGAUCUGGCUUCUCUUCGACACGUCUCUGCUUACCUCAGGCUUCAAUCUGGACGAGCCUACGCAGUUUGCAGGGCGCAUCCACCGCAUGAUCAAGCUUGGCCUCAGCAUUGAUGACGAUGACGAAGGCCUUGGGGAUGACGAAGACCUGCCCCCUCUCGAGGAGGUCGAGGGCGCCGCUGACGAGGCAUCGAAGAUGGAGGAGGUCGACUGAUUUAGUCGGGCCUUCCAAGUAAGACCUCACAUGUGGUACUCCACGCGAUCGGCGCUGCUGGGCGGACUGCCGCAUGGGCAUUCUUUGCGCACUAACAGCCGCGACGUCUGGUCACGCGUAUAGUCAUGACGUCUCAUUGACAUAGACGCGCAUCGCCGCGCGCGCAUCGUGGGAUGCACAGGGAAAAAAAAC